AUGGCGCUCUACAAUAUCGCAGGCGGCGUCGAGAAGCUCUCUGUGUAUCUGGGACUUGGGCCGUUCGAAGUGCAGCCUAAUUGGCAAUGUCCCUCCUGCGCAUCGACCCCUUCGGAUCCUAUCUGUGCCGAUUGUCGAAGCUCCUGGAUCCAUGAAUUAAAGGAUCUCGAUUACAGUAAUGCAUACGAAGCUCGAUUAAGUCGCACAUUGGGAGUAGCUGGUUUGUUGAUGGGACUCAGUGGAUGGGCUUCGAAUGUCGGGCUCGGAUGGUUCGAGUUUGGUGAUAUGAUCGGUGGGAUGACAGCUGCCAUCUCAUGGCACGCUCAUCACGACCUAUGGCCCUCCAUACCCCUUGCACUUUUCGCCGUCAUCAUCUUCUGCGUCUCAACCCUAGCGUUCCUAUCUAUCAUGACAAUUUCAGGCUUCAUGCUGGUCAUGAACCCUAUGGGGAAACGACACUGGCGGCAUAUGACACCGCAAAUGUAUGCGCUGUUGGGGCUCUUCGUACUAGUGGAGGUGGUGGUCAUCAUAUUGCGCGUCAGCGUCAUGGAUCUCUUCGUCAUUGUUGGCCCGAUGAUGUUAGGCGGCAUGGGAUUUCUGGCCCCAUUGUGUAUGCGAAAGUCUGUGGAGCAAGAAGAGAGGAAAGUGGACUUCAAGGAUGAAGAGAGUGUUUGA